GCAAUUAUACUUGGCCCCUAAGGCUUUAGAACCAUUCCUAGGUGGAGCUGGCUCACUUCACCCAGACGUCUCAGACCAGGAGAGGCGCCCCUCCCUGACCCGGUUCCGCCCAGCAUCCCUCUCAAGCUGAGCUAGAGCUGGGGAGGCUCCAGUCUUGCCUGGGUCUCCAGGCAGGGACACACCCCCAGGGAGGAGCUGCUGCAGUCCUGGCGGGGCCCAGCUCAGGCUGGCAGCCAGCUCCGUUUCUACUCCUCAGCCAGCCCACCCGAGGGACCAACAUGGCCCAGGAGAGUCCUGCCAGCACCCUGGUGCCUGAGCUCGUCCAGCAGCUACUGCUGUCCUCUCGGGAGGCCAAGAAGUCUGCCUACUGUCCCUACAGUCACUUUCCUGUGGGCGCUGCCCUCCUCACCGAGGACGGGAGGAUCUUCACCGGAUGCAACGUGGAGAACGCCUGCUACCCGCUGGGUGUCUGUGCCGAACGGACCGCCCUCCAGAAGGCCAUCUCGGAAGGGUACAAGCGUUUCAGGGCAAUCGCUAUCUCCAGUGAUUUGCAAGAUGACUUUAUCUCACCAUGUGGGGCCUGCAGGCAAGUCAUGAGAGAGUUUGGCACCAGCUGGGCCGUGUACAUGACCAAGCCGGAUGGGACGUAUGUUGUGAGGACGGUCCAGGAGCUGCUGCCUUGCUCCUUUGGGCCCGAGGACCUGCAGAAGAUCCAAUGAAGGCCAGAGAACACCCUCCGCCUGGGAGAGCCUGGGUUCCAUCAGGUGCCUAAGGGGACAGCCACUAGAAAGCUUCACAAAGACAUUCUUACAGACCUGGGGACAUUCGUUGAAUGGGUCCCAACCCUCUAGGGACCAGGCAGGGUUGACUUCCAAAUUAGACUCAAGCUCUGCAGUCUUCUGAAAUGAAGAGGGUUUCACUUGGUCUCGGCAGAGCCCUGCACGUCCUCCCGGGGACUUGCAGCACCUCGCUCCUUCUUUCACUUCCUGUGAGCCCUCUUUAAAAUUCUAGCCAAGUCUGGACUGCUUCCCCACCAGCCUUCCCAAGGUUCUAUGCAGUUCCCAGCAUCUUUUCUAAUUAUAAACAUCACAGAACAUUCUGAUUCAGAAGAGUGCA